AUGGCACGAAGUUUUGUGUGUGUGCUCUUCCUUCUCCUCUUCUUGUAUUCCGUUCAUCACAGCAGCGGCACCCUAUUUGACCUCGAAGAUGUGAUUUACCAAAUCCUUCUGCGAAAAUGCCCGUACAAUGAAAGGCUGGUAACUUUUGAUGUCACUGGAGAUAACAAAACCCGGGGUCCCCGUUACACCCUCGAUUCGUACCCACCAGUCAAGAUCAAAGUCGGCCCGGUGGUCUACCAGGCCGUCAAAGUAGAGUCUCUAAAGUUGUCUGCUGUAUACGUACAGAUGUUUCACAACAACCAGUCUGGCGAGGAGGGUAAGGCGUACAUAUCGGAGCAAGUAGAACACGAAGACGAGUACACGUGGUCCGUUACCAGGGGAGCAGAUUUCACGGCUCAAGUCAAGUUCAGUAUAAACGUGCCACUAAUUUAUCAGUUCUCGACAGAAUUUUCGACAACACUGACGACAAGCUCUGGAUCUACCAGGAUCGAAACACGCACUACGCGACAGAUGAUUAAACAAGAUAUCAAUAUACCUCCUGAAGCCACUAUCGAAGCUAAGUGGUAUGUCAACGAAGCACAGGUGGUGGUGCCGUGGGUGGCAGACAUCUUCUUGAAGGGUUACGUUGCAGCAUUGUUUGAAACGCGCGACAAGAAGCUAAUAUGGAGGUACUAUAACGUGGAAGGGUUGGAACACGAACACCUAACAAGAGACGGGAGAGGCGUCACGUUUCAGGCAUUGGGGCUGUUCCAAGCAAACGUAGCUCAGAGCUACCACCUCUCCACCACUCAGAAAAAAUUAGCGCAGCGCACCACGAGCCUGGCCAAAUAUACUUUUGAGCAAGAAACCUCGUGA